GGAAGGAAUCCUGGUAAUUUGAUUCCUGCGUCCAGAGCACAACAGCACACAUUCAAAAACAUUCUGAUGCUAAGAACGAUGCUUGCACCCAGACAGGUGACAUGAAAAAUACGUAGCCUCGGUUUCUCAGAAUGUCGUAACUGAAGUCUUAAAUAACUUUUGGCAUCAAAUUAAAAGAUGGAUCGCUUCGCCCAAAUAAUCUUCAGUCACUUGCAAGAGUGAUUUAUAUUCACCUAUUUAACCUUAGCUGUAUUCAUGAGACACUUACAUGGAAUAUUUCUACUGUUCUUCAGGCCCCUUAUUCAUGGGCGUUCCGACCUCAUUGCUAUAUAACCAGAGGCUCUGAGCUGCAGCUGUCAGGAUCCUAAUCCCUUCUGCAAGGACUCGAGGAAUUGCUGCCAGUGUGUACAGUAGCAAACUGCGUGCUCGCCUUUCAGGCACCAUCAGAGGUCUCAUCAGCAAAACAAAAGUUGUGGAUGAUUCUUUUUAACCUUCCAGAAAUUCAGCUAACUCGUUUAGGUAUUUUUCAAGCAGUGAUCAGGAAAAUAUCAAUAUAUGGUCAUCCAUUAGUUCAUCGCUUAAUGGAUCCAGAAGCUCAAAAAGGAGACAGAGAAGACAAUGAUGACAAGGAAGUGGUUGCAGAGAUCAUGGCAAGGUGUUUUUUUCCAGCUCUAGUAACGACUAUCCCCUGGGAAGGAUUUCAUUUUGUUGGUCAUGAGAUUCGAAUUACUGAAGCCAUGGAUUGUUAUGGUGCUGUUGUUUGGCCAUCGAUUGAUUGUUUUGAUUUAGCUGCCUUUUCUGAUAUGCGCUACCCAAAUCUUGAUUUCCUUGAUCUUCAGAAUUUUUUCCUUGGGACUAGCAGUUGUGCAGAAUUGCAAUAUGCAUGUAGGCUUGAAGCUGGAUUGUUUACUUUAUCCCAUGAGGGUUACUUUUCUACUGCCCUUUGCUUCACAGGUGCACAUGUGACUGCCACAGAUUUACCUGAAUUACUUGGAAACCUGCAAUAUAAUAUAUCCCGAAACACCAAAAUGAAAUGUAAGCAUUUGCCUCAGGUUAAAGAACUCUCCUGGGGCAUAGCUUUAGACAAGAACUUCCCCCGGUCUUCCAACAAUUUUGAUUAUAUCCUGGCGGCUGAUGUUGUCUAUGCUCAUCCUUUCCUGGAAGAACUCCUCAUUACCUUUGACCAUCUGUGCAAAGAAGCUACCAUCAUCCUCUGGGUCAUGAAAUUUAGGUUAGAGAAAGAAAAUAAAUUUGUAGAUAGAUUUAAGGAGUUGUUUGACCUAGAGGAGAUUUCUAGUUUCCCUAGCUUGAAUAUUAAGCUGUAUAAAGCUAUGAAGAAAAAUCGAAGGAGUGCAUGAUAUCCUCAAAGGAGGACUUGGAAAGCAAAGGCCAUUUCUAGUAGAUGAUGACUUUAAAGAAGACCCUGGAUAAGAUGAUGCAGCACUGACUUUCUCAAGGGGGAACACAUGGGUGCGUGCACACACACACGCGCACAGACACACACACACUUACACACUUGCUAUAUCCAAAAUAGCAAUUUUCCAAUUUAUAGCACAUGGGUUUGGAGGAUGGCAAAGCCAUACUAUGUGGUUAGGACAUUGGUUAGGACAGUGUCUGCUUUUUAAAAUUCCUAUUUCCAUAGAACCCUUUAUUAUUAUGAUCAAUGUAAUAAAUAGUGCAA